GCGGAGUGAAUGAAGCACACAACGUACGCCGCUCGCUCGCCUGGGAAGACUGCGCUACGGCCUGGUUGAGAUUCUCGACAUCGGCGGCAUCGCGCCAGCGUUCAUUACCGGUCAAGAUUAUCGUGGAGAAGAAUUGAACCGACAUCAUUGGCCGGAAUCCGUGUGCGCUGUAGGGUUUACAGAGUGGGGUUACCAUCAACUCACGCGAUAGGGUGGGAGGCCCGAGUCCAAUGGGUCUCCCCGACGACAAGACGCCGGGGCCGGUGAACGGAAACCGAGGGGGAUACCACCCCGACCAGUUCUACUCCAACAGAGACACGACGACCUCCCCACAUUCAACCCCCACACAGCCGUAUGGAUUCAUGGAUUCUAGCGAGCCACAAGAACGCAGGGAUCAACAGCCCGACUCGAGCAGUGAUGUGGAGAAAAGACCAAGAGCACGGCGGCGGCCCAGCGGACAACAGAGGAUAUGCGGCAAAUGUUCGCGGUCCCUGACCGGCCAAUUUGUGCGCGCGCUGGGAGAUACGUAUCAUCUGGAAUGUUUCACGUGCAAUGACUGUGGCAAGAUCGUCGCUUCCAAAUUCUUCCCCGUACCCGAUCACCCACCGAACCAAUACCCUCUGUGUGAGACCGACUACUUCCGCCGCCUCGACCUCCUGUGCUACGCGUGCGGAGGCGCGUUGCGGGGCUCGUACAUCACUGCCCUCGAUCGCAAGUACCACAUUGAGCACUUUACCUGCAGUGUCUGCCCUACCGUCUUUGGUGCAUCGGACAGCUACUACGAACACGAAGGCAAUGUCUAUUGCCACUAUCAUUACUCGACCAAGUUCGCUCAGAAGUGCAAUGGUUGUCAGACUGCCAUUCUCAAGCAGUUUGUCGAAAUCUUCCGCAAUGGUGUGAAUCAACACUGGCACCCGGAGUGCUACAUGAUCCACAAGUACUGGAAUGUGAGACUCCACGCACCGCCACUCGCUCCUGACACGCCAGAGUUCGAGAGGCAGAGGCUAGAGAGUGAGAAUGCGGACGACACUGCAGAUGAAGCCAUGCGGACUACCGUACGACAGGAAGAAGAGGCCGUCGAGCACAAAGUGCACUGGAUCUGGCAGACUCUGUCAACUUUCGAAGAGCGCUCUGCCACGUGUAUCUCUGAUAUGCUGCUUCAUGUCAGCAAUGGAGCGUACAUGGAUGGUGUUGUUGCGGCGAAGAAGUUUAUCACUCAUGUCGAUCUGCUGUUUUCCGCUGCAGAUGAUCUGGACCGGAGGUUGCAGACUCGUGCCACCAGAACAGGCGAAGAUGUCACGCGCCCCUAUGAGACCACCUUGUACCAAGGUCUCAGCUACAACCGAGAAGCGAAGUUGCUUUGCAAGAAAGUUGUCGCCUUCUUUCAGCUUCUCGCAGAGAGCCAAGACACUGGAGUGCGCAGAUUAGGCGUCACUCAAGAGCUUCUCUCCCUCGUUACUGGCCUGGCUCAUUACCUGAAGCUCAUGAUCCGGAUCUGCCUGUCCGGUGCUCUGAAAUUGGAACGCGACACUGGUAUUGCCGAGGGUCUCGAAGGCUUUCUGCAAGACAUCAGCAAGCUCGAUGAGCGCCUCGAAGCAGAUAGUCACCGAGAUGCAAAGGCCGACACGGAGCUGUAUGUGAGCAAGCGCGCGGAUACUUGCAUUGCUUGUAAUAAGGCGGUGGAGGACCGAUGUUUCGGGAUCAACAGCCGAGUCCUACAUUCGCAGUGUCUGCUAUGUUCGAAAUGCGGGAGAGACCUUAGCGAGGAUGUGGGUAGUGCUCGCUGGCAUGAUCAACAGGAGCGAGCGUACUGCGAUGUUCACGCGCCGUUCGAUGCGAGAGCAGACCGCAUCGUACCGGUCACACGCCUGCAGCAAUACGUGCACCUGCUACGAGUGGCACAUGCGAGGCUACUGGCGACUCUGCGGACGAGUGGGGCUCUGCCGCACACCAGCGACGACCCGAACUUGACCGGGUACAACGCCACGGAAGGCCACACGUCAAGCGGUACCCUCGGGCCACCACUGCUGAGACCCAACACUCGGUCCAAAUCCUACGGCGGGCAGCCUGGUUCAUCGCUUGCUCCCCCGGGCGACCAAAGCUACGAAGACACGAUGACCGACAUCCGACGGCUUCGCAGUACGAGGCUGGACAAGCACCUCUCAAACGCGGGCCGACAUGCACGCAAGUCCCAGAUCAUCGGUGCGUCAGAAGGAGUGCAACCAGGCUCGACGGAUGGCAAUCAACGGAGACAGACCGGCACCUUUCAAAUCAUCCAGGACACCGACACCAAUGGUCCUGAGAUGUCGCAGCUGACGUUCGGCAUGCAAGAUGGCAUGACGCUCGACGACAUUCCGAGGCUUCUCCACGCGCAACAGACCAAAGAGCAGAGGCCGAAUGCCUCGAAGUAUGCUCGGCAGCCAAUGAUACCGCAGGAGCCGAGAGCCAGGCUAGUGAAUGGGCACACGCGUGAGACGUCUGGAGAUGCCGAUAAGCCGGACGGUCGACUCGGUGGGACGAAGAAGUACUUUUCCGAGCUCACGGCGUUGGAGUACUUCAUCGUCCGGCACGUUGCUGUCUUGUCGAUGGAGCCUCUCCUUGACGGCCACUUCAACCAGGAAGAGCUGCUGGAGCUGAUCGAGACGAAGAGGCCAACCUUCUGGUCCAAGUUCGGGAAGGCGUUUCAGCCCAAGGACAAGAAGGGCAAAGGGAGCAAGAAUGCCAUCUUCGGGGUUCCGCUCGAGCAGCUGCUGGAGCGCGAUUAUGAAGAGAGCACUGAUGGCGUCGGCCCCGGUUCGUUGAAAAUUCCGAGUCUCGUCCAAGAGGCCGUCAGCGCGAUGAAGACCAUGGACAUGUCCGUCGAGGGCGUCUUCCGCAAGAACGGCAACAUCAAGCGACUCAAUGACGCGAAGGAGGAGAUUGACUCCAAAGGGUCGGUGGAGAUCGACCUGACAAAGGAGAACCCGGUGCAAGUCGCCGCUCUGCUCAAGAAAUUCCUGCGAGAGAUGCCGGAUCCGCUGCUGACGCACAAACUCAACAAGCUCUGGAUCACGUCGCAACGGAUCGAAGACUCCGAGCGAAGACGCCGCAUCCUACAUCUCACCUGCUGUUUGCUUCCCAAGCCGCACCGAGACACGAUGGAGGUUCUCUUCACUUUCAUGAACUGGGUGUCGUCGUUCAGCCAUGUCGAUGAGGAGAGCGGCAGUAAGAUGGACAUUCACAAUCUCGCCACCGUCAUCACGCCCAACAUCAUUCACCGCGGGAAGGAGCUCGUACCCGUCGAUGACAGCUUCUUGGCCAUCGAGGCAGUGCAUAGUCUGAUUGAGUGCAAUGAGAACAUGUGCGAGGUAAGCCGAACCCCAGAUCCACGAACCCUAUCCCGCAGUUACUAAAAUAUCCCUCCAACCAACAGGUCCCAGAAGACCUUGCCCUAAUCCUCAACGACUCAACACUCUUCAGCAACAGCGCGGACAUCACCACAAAAGAGAUCCUCAAGCGCUACGGCGACCGCGCCAAAGCCCCCGUAGCCAGCACGCCCGCCCUCAACGCCACCAAAAACGACACCUACGGCGACA